UCAUCUAAAGGAGAGGACAGGCUGUUCAUCCGCCUCUUCCAUAAGUAUAAUCAGUUUAUCCGGCCAGUGGAGAACGUGUCAGACCCAGUGAUGGUAGAAUUUGAGGUCUCCAUCUCUCAGCUCGUCAAAGUGGAUGAAGUCAAUCAGAUAAUGGAGACCAACCUGUGGUUACGACAUAUUUGGAAUGACUACAAACUGAAAUGGUCUCCAGUAGACUUUGACGGCAUCGAGUACAUCAGGGUUCCAUCCAAUAAGAUCUGGAGGCCUGACAUUGUGCUCUACAACAAUGCUGUAGGUGACUUUCUGGUGGAAGACAAGACCAAAGCUCUACUGAAGUAUGAUGGCACUAUCACCUGGGUCCCUCCAGCCAUCUUCAAGUCCUCCUGUCUAAUGGACAUCACUUAUUUCCCCUUUGACUACCAGAACUGCUCGAUGAAGUUUGGUUCAUGGACAUACGACAAAGCCAAGAUCGACCUGGUGCAGAUUGGCUCCAAGGUCAACAUCAAAGACUUCUGGGAGAGCGGUGAGUGGGAGAUCAUCGACGCACCAGGCUACAAGCAUGACAUCAAGUACAACUGCUGUGAGGAGAUCUACACAGACAUUACGUACAGCUUCUAUAUCCGUCGCCUGCCUCUGUUCUACACCAUCAACCUCAUCAUCCCGUGCCUCCUUAUUUCUUUCCUGACCGUUCUCGUCUUUUAUCUACCAUCAGAUUGUGGCGAGAAAGUGACGCUCUGCAUUUCCGUCCUCCUUUCCCUCACCGUCUUCCUCCUGGUCAUCACUGAGACCAUCCCCUCUACUUCUCUCGUCAUACCCCUGAUUGGCGAGUACCUGCUCUUCACCAUGAUCUUCGUAACGCUUUCCAUCGUCAUUACCGUCUUCGUGCUCAAUGUGCAUUACCGUACUCCCACCACUCAUGCCAUGCCCUCCUGGGUGCAAGCUGUCUUCCUGCAGGCCCUGCCCAGAGUUAUGCUGAUGAAACGUCCUAUGGACCAGUCAGAAUCAUCCGGAAAAACAAGUUUGUCUGAGGGAUCAUCUGGGGAAGGAGAAGGGAAGAAAAGGAAGAACAGUUGCAGCAACUGUUUGGAGUUUGGCGAGGGGAAGGCAAGGGAGGUGGAGGUGAAGAAAAGGCCGUGCCCGUGCCAUCCGAUGAAAGAGCCUCCUGAAGGGGAUUGUGGGAAACAGAGUCGGCAGCUGAGCACCGUUAACACGGUGGUGGCGUUUUCAGUGGUGUCACCUGAAAUCAAACAGGCCAUCGAGAGCAUCAAGUACAUUGCAGAGAACAUGAGGAGCCGCAACAAGGCUAAAGAGGUGGAGGAUGAUUGGAAGUAUGUUGCCAUGGUAAUUGAUCGCAUCUUCCUAUGGGUGUUUGUGCUGGUGUGUGUGCUUGGAACAAUGGGACUCUUCUUCCAGCCUCUCAUCGGUUUCUUUGCAUGA